AUCUAAGGAGGCUCUAAACCGGCUCUUGGAUAUGUUGGGAAUGCGGUCUAAAAUAUAUUGUGCAAUUACUUAUCGUUACUCACAGCGUCGCUGUUCACCAGCACGUUUGAAAACUAUUGACACUCUCUCCACCCCGCGUAUGUCGUCACUUGUGAAUUGGGCUUCACACAAAACCAGUAACCUGCAUUGGUUGAUACUUCCUUACGGAUCCUGUUUUCCUACAUAUAUUUUUUCCUUUUUUCGCAUGAUAAAAGAUCCAUAAUCCAUUUAUAAAAUUAAUUACUUAGCUUGUCAUGGAUCGAGAAUGCCGUUGGAGCGCUGGGAUGAUACUGUGCUUCUGUUUCUUUGUCCUCACGGCCCAUUCUGUAUAUGGGGAUGUCACGUAUUCUUUGCCUGAAGAGAUGAAACGCGGAUCUGUGAUUGGAAACGUAGCGAAGGACCUCGGACUCGAAGUGAACAAACUAUCUUAUCGCAAGGCUCGUAUUGACACUGAAGGUAACCAAAAACGAUGCUGUGACAUUAAUCAGAAUACUGGCGACCUGACUGUGGCAGAAAGAAUUGACAGAGAGGAAAUAUGCAGCGACAGAAUUUCGUGUAUUCUUCAGUGCGAGUUGGUGCUUGAAGGUCCAUUAGAGCUCCACCGGAUUAUGCUUAAAAUCGACGACGUAAAUGACAAUUCUCCAAGUUUCCAAAGGGAUGUUAUAAAGAUUGAGAUAAGCGAAUCCGUGACCAAAGGUGGACGGUUUCGUUUGAAUGAAGCUCAUGAUGCAGAUAUAGGAACAAAUGCUGUUCAGAGCUACAAUUUACAGAGAAACAAUUAUUUUGCAUUGUCUGUUAACACAAAUGCGGAUGGAGGGAAAUACAGUGAAUUGGUAUUAGAAAAAGAACUAGAUCGUGAACAGCAGGAUGAAAUGACAAUUAUUUUGACUGCAGUAGAUGGUGGUUCUCCACCGAGAUCAGGUACUGCAGCAAUACACGUCAUUGUACUUGAUGCUAAUGAUAAUGCUCCCGUGUUUAGUCAAUCUGUUUAUAAAGUCAGUCUUUCUGAAAAUUCUCCUUUAGAUACUGUAGUGGUUACAGUGACGGCUACUGAUGCAGACGAAGGACCUAACGGAGAAAUUGAAUAUGAAUUUAGUCGUAUAUCUGACAAGGCCAGGAAAAUAUUCUCUUUGGAUCACAAAACAGGACAAAUUAAGGUAUUACAACAUCUUGAUUUUGAGGAGGAAUCUAAAUUCGAAAUACGUGUACAGGCAGUGGAUUCAUAUGGCCUUACUGGUGAUACAAAAGUAUCUGUAAAUAUAACAGAUGUUAAUGACAAUAUUCCUGUAAUCCUUGUUAAAUUUAUAAAUAGUCCUGUUCAUGAGGAUACCUUGAUCGGUGCAGAAGUUGGCAUCAUUAACUUUCAGGACAGAGAUUCUAAGGAAAACGGUCAGGUUCACUGCUCGGUUCAGGAAAACGUCCCUUUUAAACUUGUCCCAUCGAUUAAAAACUAUUAUUCACUGGUGACAACAGGUGAGUUAGACCGCGAGCUCGUUUCGGAUUAUAAUAUUACGAUUACUGCUACUGAUGAAGGGUUUCCACCUUUAUCCUCCUCUAAAACUAUUCACCUUUCAAUAGCUGAUGUAAAUGAUAAUCCUCCCUUAUUUGAGGAGCAGUUUUACAGCGUUCACAUACAAGAAAAUAACAAACCAGGCUCUUCUGUUAGUAAAGUAGCUGCAAAAGACCCUGAUUGGAGACAGAACGGUACUGUUGUUUACUCUGUUAUACCUUCUGAUGUUAAUGGUACACCUGUGUCCUCCUUACUGUCAGUCAAUGGAGAUACUGGUGUUAUCCAUGCAGUAAAAUCUUUCGAUUAUGAGCAGUUAAUGAGUUUUAAAAUGAUCAUCUUAGCCAGAGAUAACGGUUCUCCUCCACUCAGCAGUAAUGUGACAGUGAGUGUCUUUAUUACUGAUGAGAAUGAUAACUUCCCACAAAUAUUAUACCCCUCUCUAGAAGGAAACACAUUCAUGACUGAGAUGGUGCCCAAAGCUGCCCAGUCGGGUUCACUUGUAUCCAAGGUGAUCGCAGUGGACGCAGACUCUGGUCAGAACUCGUGGCUCUCUUACCACAUAGUGAAAGCAACUGAUUCUGGACUUUUCACUAUUGGUGAACACAAUGGAGAAAUCAGGAUGAAGCGGGACGCUUCUGAAUCUGACAAUAUGAAGCAGAAUCUCGUGGUUUCCGUGAAAGAUAAUGGAGAGCCCUCCCUCACUGCAACAUGUUCAUUAUAUUUACUUAUUUCUGAUAACUUGGCUGAAGUACCAGAACUAAAAGACAUGUCUUAUGAUGACAGCAGCUCCAAACUCACUUUUUACUUGAUUAUUGGCCUGGUGUCCGUCUCCACUUUCUUCCUUACCUUCAUCAUCAUCAUCCUGGCCGUGAGGUUUUGUCACAGCAGGAAACCAAGAAUGUUGUUUGAUGGAGCUGUGUCAAUUCCCACUGCAUAUCUCCCUCCAAAUUAUGCAGAGGUGGAUGGAAUGGGAACUCUCAGAAGCACCUACAAUUACGAUGCAUAUCUGACAACAGGAUCACGAACCAGUGAUUUCAAAUUCAUUUCACCUUACAAUAACGGAACUCUGUCUGCUGACCUGACUCUGCAGAAGACUAAUUGCAUUGUGGACGACCUUACAGGACUCGCCGUUGAUUGCGAUCAGGUGCAGUAUACAUGUUAG